AUCCAUUAGAGCAGUUGAACUGGCUAAUUCAUUUGUAUUACGUUCGAGGAGAAAUUGCUAAAUGUAAGGAACUGAUAAAGAGACAAAUAAAAAUGAGUAGCGGCAAACACGAAUAUGCCUUUUUUAAACAAGUACUUAUGUUGUAUUUACAUAUAAAACUGGCAACGUAGCACUCGUAAAAAGUUUUGAACAGUGCCAUCUGCCCCAUCGAAAAAGAUUGAAUACAAUAUGAAAUGAAUCACGAAAGGUUACACCCCAACUUAGCGCUCGAGGCAAAUCAAAUCGGACCUUUUUUCUUAAUUUUAUAACUAACGAAUUAAUUUCUAGUUUUUCCUUUCUUUCUUGGUUUAAAAUGGUGCCCAUAAAAAAAUAAGAAUGUAGUAGCAUAGUAUAAGUAUCUUUCGUCAGGAAAGAUUGCCGGUCCACAGCACACCUUGUGUGGAUCUACAAUCUAUGUUUUUCUUAAGAUGCGAGCGACUUCCGGAAUAGGAUCGUGUCAAUGUUGAACGAAAAGUCUUUUUGGCCUUAUACAGUGUUUAGUGUGCUGAAGAUCUGAAAUCAUGCCUUCGGAAAGUGAUUGGAAGGGUGCACACCACUUUUUGGAUAAAUGGUGUUAUUUUACGAGAAGAAGAUAAAAUUCAGGAAGCGUUGGAAUCAUUUCAGAUGUGUCAUAAACUCAACUGCGACAAUGCUGAUAAUAUUAAAGAAGUUGCUAAAUGUUUAUACCUAUUGCGAAAGUACAGGAUUGCGCUAGAAGCAUAUUUGGAAGCAGAAAGAAUUUCAACUAAACCCGAUUGGGAGAUUUAUCACAACAUUGGGCAAUGCUGGGUCUCCUUGGGAGAAAACGCUAAAGCCAAAGAGUAUACGAAGAAGGCAGUACAGUUAGGAAAACAGGAAUGCUCGUACACGCUCCUAAUCAAAAUAUUGAUAUCGGAAGGAGAUUUGCAAACAGCUAUCAAUGUCAGCAAUGCAGCUUUAGAGUCUUGUCCCGAUAGCACGUCGAUGCUAACGCAAUCUGGCCUUCUUCACCUGAAGUUGGGGCAAGUCCAGCCGGCAUUUCAAUGUUUGAGUUCAGCCGUAGCUUUGAAUCCCAGUUGUUCAGAGGCGCUUUUGGGUAUUGGAUGCAUCACUCAGGCACACGAGGAGUAUGAAGUUGCUCUAUCGAAAUAUAAAAUCGCUGUCCAGAUAAAUCCAGAUUCAAUCGCUUUAUGGAACAACAUUGGGAUGUGCUUUUUCGCGAAGCAAAAGUAUGUGGCGGCCAUCAGCUGCCUGAAACGAGCACUUUGGAUAUCUCCAUUAAACUGGAAAGUCCUGCUGAAUUUGGGAUUGGUGCACUUGUCAACCAGCCAACCCGCAUCCGCUUUCAACUUUUUAUGCGCCGCUGUUAAUUUGCGACCGGACGCUGCUCUACCAUUUCUUGCUUUGGGAUGCGCAUUAUUUGAAUUGAAAGAUCCCGAGAAUGCGGUAAAAGCCUUUCAGCAAGCGGAGCUCCUAUCAAAGAACGAUUACAACACAAUGCUGAACACCGUUCUUGCCCUACUGACAGUUGGACAAUACGAACAAGCUUCAACCGUUUUAGAAAAGUUUAAACGGGUUUCAGAGGGCGACAGUCAAAUAGAUAAACAAGUUACCAAUUUGAGCAACAAUUUAGAAAGUGCACUUAAAAAACUGAUGAUACGAAACGAAUUAGAAGAACUAAGUGAAUCGUUAGUUGGAGAUGCCUUGGUUCCUAAUGCGAAGCAAGAGAAGGACAGCGAGAAAUCGUCCGAAAAGGCGAUCAACGAAACGGAAAAUUUAAGAAAAUUGGAAAGUGAUGAAGUCUGAAUGAUCUCACAUUUUCUGUCUGUAUAAUUUACGACUUAUGGAUAAAUAAAUAAAGUAAAUCCCA